AUGUUUUUUGUUCUUGCAGGUCCCAAUCGCUGUCUGGACGCGUUCAUUGUUGCCCUGAACCAAAGUUGGGGCGGGAAGAAAUGGUGCACGUCGGUGGCUACCCUCCAGCUGGCAUCGUUGCCAUUCUGCGUGGCAUGCCGGAAUGUUCCCUCACCGUGCGUGACAGUGGACACGGGUACGCCGCCUCGUCUAUGGUCUGGUGCCGCCCUUGACGGCGACGGCCAGGAGCCUUGCAUCACAGCACCUGAGGACGGUAUCGUGCUGUCGUCGUCGCUGCGCCGCAUAACGUUCGGGGGAGAUUUCAACCAGCGGAUGGACAAGGCCCGCUUGCCUGCUUCCGUGCAGGAAAUCGUCUUCGGUGAACACUUCAACCAACGAGUCGACAACGUCACUUGGCCCACAUCCCUCGAAAAACUUGUGUUCGGUCAAGAGUUCAACCAGCCAAUGGACAAAGCAGUGAGGCCGGCGUCUUUACGGGAUCUGUCGUUUGGUUGGAGUUUCAAUCAGUCGAUUCAGGGGGGUGUACUGCCGGCGUCGCCGCAACGUCUUCGCUUUUCGGAUGCGUUUUUGUCGGAGUUCAACCAGAGGAUCGACGGAACCUCUUUGCCGGCAUCGCUGGACAUCUCGUGGCCGCCGUCUCUAGAGGAAAUCCAUUUCGGUGCCAGCUUCAAUCAGCCAGUGAACGGGGCGGCUUGGUCCACAUGCCUCCAAAAUAUUUAUUUCCGUGCUGACUUCAAGCAGCCAGUGGACAGGGUGGUGUGGCCGGCGUCCUUGCACGGGCUGAGUUUUGAUGGGGAGUUCAAUACGUCACUGAAAUAUCUUUCUGUUGGGCCUGGUUUCAAUCAGCCUGUCGCAGAAAUAGUGUGGCCGCACUCUCUGCCGAGACUGACGUUCAACGGAAGCUUCAACCAACUGAUCCACCAAGUCGUCUGGCCGGCCUCGUUGCGGCACCUGGCAUUUGGCAAAUCAUUCAACCAACCAAUUCAUCAAGUCAAGUGGCCUGCGUCGCUGAAGACUCUGGGAUUCGAUGAACCCCAAGGGACGUUUGACCAGCCUAUCCACUGUGUCACGUGGCCGACGUCGCUGAAGCGCCUGAGCUUUGGCGACAGCUUCAAUCAGCCUAUCGCACAAGUGGUGUGGCCGUACUCUCUGCAGUCAUGCAGCUUCUAUAGGUCAUUCAACCAGCCGAUCCACCAGCCGAUUAGCCAAGUCGUGAGGCUGGCGUCGCUAGAGCGCGUCGCGUUCGGCGAUGGUUUUGAUCAGCCCAUCCACCGUGUCAAGUGGACGGCGCGCUUGCGUUGGAUCUCUUUUGGCCAGGGUUUCGGCCGGCCCAUGAGCAGUGUCGUUUGGCCGGCAUCGUUGCGGAGGCUGUGA